AUGCCAACGAACGUGCGCAAUCCUUUGAUGCACGCUACUCAAACCCUGCCGAACCUGCUCGGCUCUGAAGACCCCACUGGUAAACCCGGCACUGCAAUUCUCAUGCUUCUGGACUGA